AUGCUUAGUCUUGUUGAAUUUACAUGCUCUUUAAAUGGAUUUGGCGGCGGGACUGGCUUCCAAUCGCUUUAUAUUGGUAGUACUAAUAAAUUAUACUAUUUUGGACCUGGAUCUCAAUAUUUUUCUAUAGAUUUAACAGGAGUAUCAUUAGAUGGAAAUAGCGUUAUUAGUUCAUCUCAAUGGAUUCAAUUUAAUUUUACAAGUUUCCGUUUUAACACAAUGUCAUUCUUAGGUGUAAAAACAAACAAUAAAAUUUACUUUCCAACUGAUUCUGAUGGAUUUAUUGACACAUAUGACACCACAUUAAAUAAAUGGGAUAUGAAUAUAAGUUUUACAGGAAGACCCAGUCUACACUUUGAGUCAUUUCGCGCUUGGACCUCUGAUGAAAGUACAGGAAAAGCAUACUCGAUUCAAGAAACUCUCAUAGAUAUUUUUGAUACAAUCAAUUUGGUGUGGACAAAUAGUUCAUUAAUUCCACAGAUAGAUUCAAUUUAUGUUGGUUCAGAUUUAAAUGGUCCUCCUCAAACUUUGGUGAACAGCCAGCUUUUAUAUUUUGGUCAACCUUCUGGAAUUUUGGGAGCCGAAAUAAAGUUAAUGACCAGCAUACUAGCAUACAAUAGCUUAACUGAUUCAUGGCAACUUAUUAACACUACAGGCAAAGUCCCAAGUGUACGAAGUGAUCAUACAGUUGUCUCGAUUUCAGAUGGACGUAUUAUUAUGUAUGGUGGAAUUACCAAUAAUACAGCAGCUAGCCCAUCUAUAGUAGUCUUGAACUUUUCUAAUUAUGAAUGGACAGUGCCAAAUGAGAUAAAUUCUAUUGGAUCACUUACUGGACAUACGUCAACCAUAAUUAAAAAUUAUAUGAUUACAGCAUUCGGUAAAAACAUGACGGAAAGAGACCUUCUUAAACAAUCUAGUAAAAGCAUUUAUAAAUUGGAUAUAUCAGAUCCAUUAAAUUAUAAAUGGUCAUUAUUAUCUACUUUCACUACACCGACAUUCAGCACACCAACGAGUAAGAUACCAUCAUCAUAUAAAGGCUCUUCUGCUGAUAAUAAUACACCAAAUAAUGGUUUAUUUAUUGGAAUUGGCGUUCUACAAAUGAUG